AUGGAGGUUCGUGUGAACGGCUGGUGGCUUUUGUGUCUGCUGAGCUUUUGCUGUGCUACUGGACAAAAUACGGGCGUCAACAGAACUUUCUACAUCGGCAUCCGAGAGGAGAUCUGGGAUUACUGUCCGGGAGGUUUGAACCGUGUCAACGGCAAAACUGCUGUAGAGGAUGAGCAUGCAUCUGUCUUCCUGCAACAAGGCCCCCAUCGGAUUGGCCAUGUGUAUAAGAAAGCCAUGUACAGGCAGUACACUGACAAGUCUUACACCCAGGAGAUCCCAAAACCUGCCUGGCUAGCCUACCUUGGGCCUCUGAUAAGGGCUGAGGUUGGAGAUGUCAUAGUGAUCCACCUGAAAAACUUUGCAUCUAGAAGAUAUUCAAUGCACCCACAUGGAGUCUUCUAUGACAAAAACUCAGAGGGGGCGUUAUAUCCAGAUGGAACCUCUGGAGAGCAGAAGCAGGAUGAUGGUAUUCCACCAGGUGAAACACAUACCUUUAAUUGGAUGGUGAAGCCAGAAUACGCACCCACUCAGGGGGAUGCCAACUGCUUAACUUGGGCUUACCACUCACAUGUGGUUGCCUCCAGAGACAUCUCUGCUGGACUCAUAGGAGCUCUGCUGACUUGCAAGAAAGGAACUCUGCGGAAUGUAACUGGACCAGGGAGCAACUACACACAGGUGCAGAGGACAGAUGUGGACCAGGACAUCCUCCUUAUGUUUAGUGUGGUGGAUGAGAACCUCAGCUGGUACCUACAGGAGAAUAUCCAGACCUUCUGUUCUGAUCCUGCCGGUGUGGACAUCAACGAUCCAGACUUCCAGCUUUCUAACAAGAAGAACACUAUUAAUGGGUAUAUGUAUGGCAACCUCCCUGGGAUUGAGUUGUGCCAAAACCGAACAGUGUCUUGGCAUCUCUUCGGCAUGGGCAAUGAGGUGGACAUCCAUUCCGCGUAUUUCCACGGGCACACACUACUGAUGCGUGGACACCGUGUAGAUGCCGUAAGCCUAUUUCCGGCAACCUUCCUCACUGCAGAAAUGACUCCCUUGACCACAGGAAUAUGGCUGCUCAACUGCCAGGUCAACGCUCACAUACAAGAUGGUAUGCAGGCACUGUUCCACGUUUCAACCUGUGGAAUGCAGGAAGACACCUUGGCUUCCCUGAGUGGGACAGAGAGGAAGUACUUCAUUGCUGCUGAACUGGUUCAGUGGAAUUAUGCCCCGUCAGGAAAAGACACUCUGACAAAUGUUUCACUGACUGAAAGCCAAAGCCCCUCAGAGGUGUAUUUUGGGAAGGAUGGUGGUCGUCUUGGUGAGGAAUAUGUGAAGGUGAUAUUCAGAGCUUACACUGAUCACACUUUUACUAACAAGACGGAGCAAACCAGCACAGACACCCACCUCGGCAUUCUAGGUCCUGUUCUACGUGCAGAGGUUGGGGAUGUUUUGCAGGUCACGUUUCUGAACAAGGCUGACAGAAAUUACAGUAUCCAGCCCCACGGCCUCCAAUACAUGAAAACAUCUGAGGGAGCCCAGUAUGAAGAUGGCACAGUGAAAAAUGGAUCUCAUGUGCAGCCAAGAGACACUUUCACCUACAGGUGGCAGGUGAGAGAGGGGCCUUCUGACAGUGACCCGCCUUGCAUCUCCUAUCUGUACUUUUCCUCCAGCGACCCCGUCAGAGACACUAACUCAGGCCUCAUCGGCCCUCUGCUGGUGUGUAAGAGAGGUGCGCUGAGCUCCAAUAACACAGAGAUUGAUGUAGACAACGAGUUCUUCCUACUCUUCUCUAUUUUGGAUGAAAACUUGAGCUGGUAUCUGGAUAAGAAUAUCCAGAUAUAUGGGACAAAUGAAUCAAACCCACAGGAUGAUGCCUUUGUGGAGAGCAAUAAGAUGCAUGCUGUGAACGGCUACAUGUAUGGAAACCUGCCAGGUCUGGAUGUGUGUGAGAGCUCCCGGGUCAGAUGGCAUCUUCUGGGGCUUGGCACGGAGGUGGAUGUGCAUGGCGUUCACUUCCAAGGAAACACUUUUCUCAAAGAAGGCACCACCCGUGACACGGUCACACUCUUCCCGCACACCAGUCUGAGCGUUCUCAUGCAGCCAGAUACAGUCGGCCUGUUUGAGGUGAGUUGCCGAGUGAGUGAACAUUACAUGGGAGGGAUGAAGCUACAGUAUAGAGUGAGGAAGUGCAAUGAGAGCUCGACUGCUACUCCUGCUGUGCCCACAGUGUACUACUUCAUCUCAGCAGAGGAGGUGGAGUGGGAUUACUCACCCACACGCACCUGGGAGCUUCAGAACUUCAACACCACAGAGGAUGAAAGUCCAGGCAGUAUAUUCGUGGGGACAGGUGAGAACAGGCUCGGCUCCAAGUACAAAAAAGUAGUUUACAGGGAGUACACUGAUGCCACCUUUAAGAUCAGGAAACAACGACAGACUGCAGAGAAACAUUUGGAAAUACUGGGCCCAAUAAUCAGAGCAGAGGUUGGAGAGGUUCUUCAAAUCACAUUCUGGAAUAAUGCCAGUCGACCAUACUCCAUACAGCCUCAUGGACUGAAGACCUCUACAAUACUUCCAGUGUUGCCUGGAAACGUGAGUAGUUACUUGUGGAGUGUUCCUGAGAGAUCUGGCCCAGGCACCUCUGAUCCAAACUGCAUCACAUUUGCCUACUACUCUGCUGUUGACUUCAUAAAGGACACUGUCAGCGGGCUAAUUGGACCACUGGUGGUCUGCAGGAAAGGGAUGCUGAGCCAAAACAGACAGAGGCUGGAUGUGAAUCAGGAAUUUGCUCUUCUCUUCUUUAUCUUCGAUGAAAAUAAGUCAUGGUACCUGGAGGAAAAUAUUCAAACCUAUUACAACAGCUCAGUCCCUCUGCUAAGAAACGACGACUUCCAGGAGAGCAACAAAAUGCAUGCUAUCAAUGGCAAGCUGUAUGGCAACCUUCAUGGACUGGAGUUGAUGAAAGGGUUGAAGGUAAACUGGUAUGUGCUGGGGAUGGGAAGUGAAGUGGAUAUGCACACUGUCCACCUUCACAGCCAGACCUUCAUCUAUAAGACUGACCUGUCCCACCGGGCUGAUGUGCUUGACCUGUUUCCGGGCGUGUUUCAGACGCUACAGAUAGUGCCAGAAACUGAGGGCACAUGGCUGCUCCACUGUCAUGUAUCUGAUCACAUCGAAGCUGGCAUGGAGACCACCUACACCAUCCGAUCUGGCACAGGUGCCAGUGCUGUGGGUCCACACCUUGCCCUCAUUUUCAUCCUGGCCUUUGUGUCUGUCCUCAGACUCAUGUGAUUUGGUACCAAU